GUUAUCCAUCCCAUCGAACCGUAGCGAUGUCCAUGAGCCGGAAAGGAGCAGCCGUCGUUGCCGCAGCGCUGCUGAUGUCGGCACGCCUGCUGCAGGCGGAGGUUGUUGCGACAUCUUGUUCGUGUCUGGAGAGCACAGCUGAUGGCGGUUGCCCUUGCUCAGAAGAGGAGGGGAUGGCUCGAGGGCGCCCCGCCCACGCAGGAAGCUCGGAGCUGUCAGUGGACGCGGUUCGCCCGCGCGCGGACGCGACCAGGCCCCAGAAGGCGGCGGACCGCGAGCGGCUGCAUUACACGGGGGCGCAAACGGUGUUAUCGGAGACGUUCGCCGAAGAGCUGGCGGGAGGGAGUGAUGUUCAUUCAUUGAUGUGUUUGUUGCUGCAUCCUUCCAGCUGGCAGUGUUCAGAGUCUUGACUGUGUUGGUUCUCAGCUCGCGAAGAGCGGGACUUCGGGCACGCGUAUAUGAUUUGCAGUCCAUUCGCCCCGCGCCAUUCAAGCGUCAGCAUACCAGUAUUGUUCGCGCAAGGGUAGGCCAAGGUAGUAGUGCCACGCGACCACACCACUGUAUAGACAGCUUGGGUUUCGUCUCUUCACUUGUGUAUUUGUACACGUGCUGUUUCUUUAUAUGUUGAGCCAUUUGAUUGCCCGUCGUCCUUGUUACGCAGAAUGACACAUGAUUAUUACUAGGUGUACUGGACACUACGGAACAGCACGUGGGCUCGUACGGUUUCCACCCACAUUUCAUGAUGUUCAGCGCGUUUGGUCCCCAUCGGCCCUCAUCGCACCCUCGCCAGCCCAAGCCGAUAAUACCAGCAUGUUCUCAUAUCGGUAGAUGUUUUCUUUGCCGCAUGUUUUCGCAUACGAUCAUGCCUCAUUCAUGCUCACGCUCAAAUGGUAUGUGCGGGCGCCGAGUUCUCACACGCGGUAGAAACCAUCCUGCGAUGAUGAUUGGUUUCCGCGUGCGUUCCGUGCAGUCUGGGCGAAGGCAGACAGAAUCUUCUCCAGCACCGAGCCCGCCGACACAGUCGCAGGGGAUGUCGCCGCGAACCAGUGAAGCGAUCACAAGAUGUUCUGCCGUUGAGCGUAGACAGUCUUUUCCUCCACAUCGGAGCGCGGGUCGCUUGCGGAUGAA